ACCAUGGAAGAAGGUGGGAAAAAAACAAAAAUAAUCUGUGCAGGGCGGCCAUCUUGCCUGCGCUCGCAGAGGCAGGGAGAGACUGGAAGUGAGGACGGAGGAGAACCGCAGCGGGAAGAAACAAACCGCGGAUGUUUAUUUUUAUUCAGGGCGGAACGUUUACACGACUGGUUCACCGCCAACCCGCAGAGAAUCUGCGUGGUCGUGCCUGCGGUUUGUUGUUUUCCUCCUCGGGAUCCGGUGAGGAAACCCGCUCCCGUUAAACCAGCUAGCUGAGGGGCUAAGCUAACGGCUAGCCGGGCCAGCUAGCUGUUCGAUGACCGAGCUGUGGUCGUCAGCAGCGGAUUGAAGACUGCAGCUCCGUUCGGUAACAUUGUGUCUGGUCGUGGAGGGCUGUUUUCUAAGUGCGGACUCUGAUCCCGGAUCACACCACCGACACGACGUCCGGAGCAGCGUCGUGUUUAUUUGACACCAAACACCUUAUGGACAGCUCGGGUUUAGCGUUCCUUCGGUGUGACGGUCAGCCUGGAGAUUCCGUAAAUUAAAGCAGGAUUUUGAAGAGACUUUACCACCGACUAACAACGGCCGGAGAUCCGCUUAAUCCCGCUCUGGAAAUACACUAAAUCAGUGCAGAUCGAUGAAAAUGUCCUGCCUGCUGCCGGAGAAAAAGGCUGUUUUUCUGCUCCAGUUUACACCCAGUUCGACUGUAGGCUACCAAGUGUAUAACUGUCAAUGACAUUACCUGUAAUCACACAGUGAACCGGCCGCUCAGCUGUAUUUGAUCCCGAUGAAGAGACCUGGAAGUCGGAUGAUAUUACACAGUUUGUCGGUGCCUCCUCUUUAAUCAGGCCUGUCCUCAAAUAAACGAGUUAUAACUGCAGCUCCGUGCUCAACAUUUACCUCAUUUCAUCCUGGCUAAAUGUGUUAUAUUUGUUCACCUUAAACCAGAUCUAGUUUAAAGGGACGUUAAUUCCGGUUGAUUUCUCUUUGGAUUAUAACUACAAUAACGGAUUCGGUCUUUGGAUCCACGAUGGGAUCAGCGACCAAACUGGCCUUCAGUGUUUUCCUCAUCUCCUGCUCUUCAGGUGCCAUCCUGGGUCGCUCAGAGACUCAGAAGUGCGUCCACUACAACUACAGCCCUUCAUCCUCGUCCUCCUCCUCCUCAGCGUCUGAGGGGCGGGGGAACGUCAGCGGGGUGGUCACCUGCUCUGGGGAGAAAGAUAAGAGGGUGCACUGCUUCGCCACGUGGAAGAAUGUCUCAGGAGCCGUCCAGGUGGUCAAACAGGGCUGCUGGCUGGACGACGUCAACUGCUACGAUAGGAAUGAGUGUAUGGAGAAGAAAGAUGCUCCUGAAGUCUUCUUCUGCUGCUGUGAAGGUGCUUUGUGUAACGACAAGUUCUUCUACAGCCCCGAAGGCUACCUGUCACCGAUACCCACAACGAACAAACCGGUGACGUCUCCGCCUCCGGUGCUUACCACUCUGAUGUACUCCCUGGUUCCCAUCAUGGCUGUCACCGCCAUAGUCCUCUUCUCCUUCUGGAUGUACCGUCACCACAAACUGGCCUACCCACCUGUGCUGGUGCCCACACAGGACCCUGGGCCCCUCCCCCCCUCCCCCAUCCUGGGCCAGAAGCCGCUGCAGCUGCUGGAGAUCAAAGCCAGGGGGCGCUUUGGCUGCGUGUGGAAGGCUCAGCUGCUCAGUGAAUAUGUGGCUGUCAAGAUCUUCCCCAUACAGGACAAACAGUCGUGGCAGAAUGAGUUUGAGAUCUACAACCUGAACGGGAUGAGACACGAGAACCUGCUGCAAUUCAUUGGAGCCGAGAAGAGAGGAAGUAAUGUGGAUAUGGAGCUAUGGCUCAUCACCGCCUUCCACGACAAGGGUUCUCUAACAGAUUACCUGAAGGCCAACGUUCUCUCCUGGUCUGAACUCUGUCUCAUCGCUCAGUCCAUGUCCCGAGGUCUUGCCUACCUGCACGAAGACAUACCUGGACACAAGGAUGGACACAAGCCUGCCAUUGCACACAGGGACUUUAAGAGUAAGAACGUUCUGCUGAAGUCCAACCUGACCGCCUGCAUCGCUGACUUUGGCCUUGCUCUCAGGUUUGAGGCGGGAAAAUCUCCAGGAGACACCCAUGGACAGGUGGGGACCAGGAGGUACAUGGCCCCGGAGGUCCUGGAGGGAGCCAUCAACUUCCAGAGAGACGCCUUCCUGAGGAUCGACAUGUACGCUCUGGGUCUGGUGCUGUGGGAGCUCGCCUCACGCUGCAAAGCUGCUGACGGUCCAGUGGACGAGUACAUGCUGCCAUUUGAGGAGGAGGUGGGUCAGCAUCCGUCUCUGGAGGACAUGCAGGAGGUGGUGGUCCACAAGAAGCUGAGACCGCUGCUCAGAGAGUGCUGGCAGAAACACGCUGGUCUGGCCUUGCUCUGUGAGACCAUAGAGGAGUGCUGGGACCACGAGGCCGAAGCUCGGCUGUCGGCCGGCUGCGUGGAGGAGCGGGUCGUGCAGAUGCAGCGACAGACGAGCGUCACGGCGCCAGAGGAGAUUGUCACGGUUGUCACCAUGGUAACUAACGUGGACUACCCUCCUAAAGAGUCAAGUCUAUGACGAGGCUCAGGACCAAUCAGGACGGAGCAGGGACUCCCUCAGUGAACACUGUCUCUGAUGGCGGACGUAGCCGGUCAGGUGACCUGCCGGCGGUCAGAUGACCUCUGACUGCAGGUGAGUCUGGGACUGAUAAGGACAACAUGGCGGAGUUUCUCUCUCUCUGGUCAGUUCCUGUUUUUUACUGCAAAAUAAAAGACUUUUUCUACGAUAAUGUGAGGAUAAUUUCAGAAUAAAAGGGCGACUUGAGUUUUUAUUCACAUGCUGUUUGUUUCUCCGACGUGAUGCCAAUAAGAAACAGCUUCUGAAUGUCUGUGUCACUGCUGUGUACAUAUACAGAUUAUUAUUAUAUACAUAUAUACAGAGUCUAAUAAUCAGGUUAUUGAUCACACAUCAAACAUACAGGAAGUUCCUUUUCUUUCUCUGACGUCUGGUUCUUUAACAUCGGAGGAGAAGCUGAGUCAACGUGAACACUGAUACAGACGAUCAACAGUCACAACAGAGACACUGAGCUCCUAUCAGAAUCAAUAAUCAAUAAUCAUCCAUAUAUUCACCGACAAUCCAAACAUGAUGUUAGUUUACAGUCUGUUCAGUCGUCCAGUUUCUCCUCAUCAGAACCAAUCGGGCUGCUGAUCAAUACACUGAUAACUGAUCAGCUGUUGAGGAGAGAAACCCCUGAGACAGUGAAACACUUCCUGUUUAGUUUGCAGUGAAUAUUGACAGCAUGCCUUUAUUUGUGUUUGACAGUUUUAUUUUGAAAUCUAGUUUUCUCCUCUUCCUUCCUGUCUGUGGUUCAUUCAGAUUCUGUGGAGCCUCAAAACUAACGAGGUUUGAUUAAAGUUAUUGACCAGAAUAUUAUUUAUUUAUAUAGAAGAAUGAACAUUACAGGAAACAUGGGACUGGACUGAGACCUGGACUUCAGAGGGGGCUGUUCUCAGACCAGUCCAGGUCUCAGUCCAGGUCUUAUAAAGAAAGUGAAGAUGUGUCACUGAAAUCAGAUAAAUCUUAUUAUUACUAAUUAUUGAACUAAUUAAUUUAUUGAUGAAUAGUUCUUCCUUGCGUUGAGGCUCCAAAUGUUUGGUGGAUUUUUAAUCCAGAUCCAGAAUCUGUGGGUUCUGAGAUGAUCCACCAACAGGGAGGCGUUCAGGGCCCUUUAGGAACUCUGAGCUCUGUAGUUCAGAUGGACUGUGUUGACAUAGACAGAGAUCAGCUGUCUCCUAAUCUAAUACCUGACCCCAGACAGGAACC